UUAAUUUGUAUAUGAUUCCAAUUGCCAUUGCUUCGUUCUCCAAGCGUCAUAGUUUCGUUGUCCAUAAAACGACAGUACGUUUUGAGUCUCCAAGGGAACGGGGAGCUUCCCACGCUCUCCAAUCACAAACUCAACAAUCACAAACACAAUCAACCGGUUUCUUGACGCAACCCCGGAAAUUUCAAUCAACUUCUCCAAUUCACAGGGUCGAUUGGGUUUGUAUUGGAUGUUUUUUUGUUCAAAAUGUCUUCAUGUAUCAAUGGGCAACCAAGUGAUCAACCAAACGCCUCCCUGGAUAUUGAUGAGAGCGGUUCAAAGCCUCAGGAGGCGGUUGAAAAUGAGAAUGACGAUGAAGACGAGGAGGAAGACUUAGAUUUCAACCCCUUUCUGAAGGGAACACCUUCGCCAGAAGCUUCUUCCAGUUUGAGUUCUGAAGUUGAAGGUCUAGAUGGUAAUUCGUUGAAACCAACAAUGGGUGAAGUGCGAAACUAUGCUGUUGGGGAUUCUGAGCAUGGGGAGGAAGUGGUGAUGCAAACUGCAUUUUCUCCUGAGAGUGAAAAAGAACUUCAAGGAAUCUUUCAUACAAAAUCUAACAAGAGGAAAUCUGAUUCCAUCUCUCAACAGGAAAAUGAAAAUGUUCGAGAGAAGGAGAAUACCUUCAGUAAACCUGCAAUGAGUUUGGAUGAUGAGGAUGCUAUUUGGAAGCGCACUAGGGCUCGUUAUUCGCUUGCAAGUUUUACUCUUGAUGAACUUGAGACUUUCCUUCAAGAAACUGAUGAUGAGGAUGACCUUCAGAAUGUUGAUGAUGAAGAAGAGUACAGGAAAUUUCUUGCAUCUGUUUUACAGGGUGGAGAUGGUAAUGGUCAGUCAACUCAAGGUAAUGAAAAUGAUGAUGAUGAAAAUGAGGAUAAUGAUGGAGAUUUUGAGAUAGAACUUGAAGAGUUGCUUGAGAGUGACGUUGAUGACAAUAAAAGGGAUAAAGAUAGAAAAGUGGAUCAUGAGAGAGGUGGUCGAAGGCCAAAGACAAGGCAGAAUAGACGCCAAAAGGCAUCUGCUCAAUACAAAAAGAAGCUUUUAGAACAGACAAAGAGGCCAUUGCGUCCCCUUUUACCAAUCUUGCCAAAUGGAGCAAUUGCUUCGUUUCCUACUUCUGAUGCGAAGGGUUUGAUGCCUGAAACUGCCCCAAGUUAUCUGUCUUCUCCAGCAGAAAAUGGCUUGAUAAAUGGAUUCACUCCACAGCAAAUAGGCCAGUUGUAUUGUUUGAUACAUGAACAUAUGCAGCUACUUAUUCAAGUGUUUUCUCUUAGCAUUCUUGAUCCUUCCCGGCAACAGGUUGCCUCCCAGGUUCAGGGAUUGAUUUUUGAGAUGGUUCAUAAACACGAUGAAGUAAUCGCCUGCAGAAGUGUGCCUUAUCCUUGUAUUUGCUUUCACCCUUCCUACAUGUGCCCAUCAGUGACAGAUGAAUUUCCCAACUAUACCCCAGCACAAUGCACUGACUCAUCUUCUACUCCAAACAUGCAGAUGUUAGUUUCUCAGAACAUUUUUACAGCUAAGGGAAGAAGUGAUCCCGUUUUCAAUGGACAGAAUAACUCCUCACAAACUGCUGUUUCUUUAUGGGUACCCUUCAUGAGUGGUCCAAUAAUGUCCAUUAUGGAUGUAGCUCCGCUUAAUUUGGUUGGAAAAUAUAUGGAUGAUGUUGUCAAUGCUGUCCAGGAGUAUCGGCAGCGUCAUUUGGAUUCUAGUUGUGAUACCUGGAAUGAGAGGGCCCCACUCUUUAACCUUCCUCAUUUUCCAGCCUCAACUAAGCCAAAUGGUGAAGUUUCAAAAGAAAACAUACCUACUGCUGUCAGUGCAGUGCCAUCUACUCCUGGUCAACAACCACCUAAGAAGACAUUGGCUGCUUCCAUUGUUGAAAAUGCCAAGAAGCAAUCAAUUGCUUUAGUUCCAAAAGAUAUUAGCAAGUUAGCACAGAGGUUUUUUCCUCUGUUCAAUCCAGCACUAUUUCCUCAUAAGCCGCCUCCUGCAGCUGUGGCAAAUCGAGUCCUUUUCACUGAUUCAGAGGAUGAAUUGUUAGCUAUGGGAAUGAUGGAACAUAAUACAGAUUGGAAGGCAAUUCAACAGCGUUUUCUUCCUUGCAAAUCUAAACACCAGAUUUUUGUUAGGCAGAAAAAUCGCUGCUCAUCAAAAGCACCAGAAAAUCCCAUAAAGGCAGUUAGGAGGAUGAAAACCUCUCCAUUGACUGCAGAGGAGAUAGAACGCAUUCAAGAGGGACUAAGGAUUUUCAAACAUGAUUGGAUGUCAGUGUGGAGACUCAUUGUCCCACAUAGGGAUCCAUCCUUGCUACCCCGACAGUGGCGGAUUUCCCUUGGAACUCAGAGGUCAUAUAAAUUAGAUGCUGCCAAAAAGGAAAAACGACGGAUAUAUGAAUUAAAUAGAAGAAGGCACAAAACUGCAGAUUUGGCAAACUGGCAACAGAUAUCAGAUAAAGAGGAAAAUCCUGUUGACAGUACUGUUGGAGAUGAUAAUGUAGAUAAUGCAAAUGAAGCUUAUGUUCAUCAGGCAUUUUUAGCAGAUUGGAGACCAGAUGCCUCAUGCCUUAUUUCGUCCAAACAUCCAUGCUUAAACAUUAGGGGGAAAAAUCUUUCUAGUGGUGCAUUGCCAAGCGAGGGUACUUGCAUUAGGGAGCAAUCCAAGAUUGACACUAUGCACGGGUUUCCAUAUGCCCACUAUUGCCAAUAUCCUCAUACUAUGUCUCGCUUUACUCAUGUCAGACAUUGUGCUCCUAAUUCCGUGCAACUGAACCAUCAAGUUUCUGAUGCAGCACAGAAUCCUGCUAAGUCUCAAAUUUAUUUGCGGCCUUAUCGGACUCGUGGAACUGAUGGCGCACACUUAGUGAAAUUGGCUCCAGACUUGCCUCCUGUAAAUCUUCCACCAACUGUACGUGUAAUUUCUCAGGCAGCUUUCAAAAGCAACCAGUGCAGAGCUCCUAUCAAGGUAUCUGCCUCAGGAUGUAGUAUUGGUGGUGCUGGAAAAGAAAAUACAGUUCCUCAGCUUCCACGUGUUGCAACUAUGAGAACCACCAGUUUAGCAAAAGCUGUAAGGGAUAAAGGCAAUCAAGUGACAGAUAAUGUCACAAAUUCAUGCCCAGAAGAGCUUUCGAGUUCACAUGCAGAAGAAUCUGGAGUUCUUCAUGAUACAUGCGGUGCUGAAUCAGAUCUUCAGAUGCAUCCUUUACUGUUCCAGGCCCCUGAAGAUGGCCGUCUAUCAUAUUUUCCACCAAACUGCAGUACUGGUGCUUCCAGUUCUUUUACAUUCAUUUCAGCAAAUCAGCCUCAAUUGAAUCUGAGUCUCUUUCAAGGUCCACACCAAGCAAGUCAUUUUGCUGAUUAUUUCAAUAAAUCUUCAAAGACAAAGGAAUCUGCUUCAGCAUCAUGUGGGAUUAACUUCCAUCCUCUUUUGCAAAGAGUUGAUGAAGAAAAUAGUGACCUUGCCACAGCAUGCUCCAAUACCCACCAAUUUGUUUGCUUGGGAUGCAAAUAUGCUCAAUUUCAAAAUCCUUUAAGUGCUGCUCAGACCGCAUCAAUGGUCAAUAGAGGCCCAUCUGCUACUGGCGCAGACGAGAAAACUAAUGAGCUGGACUUGGAAAUUCAUCUAAGUUCUACAUCCGCAAAAGAGAAAACUAAGAGAAGUGGAGUUUUUGGUGCAAAUAAUCAACCAAAGUCAACAAUAAGUGCAUCAAAUGCGGGAAAUACAAUUGAAAAGCACAAAACUGACACUUCAUGCCACCAACAGAGUUCAAAUUGCCCACUUCAGAGCAACCUUGUUUCAAUUGCUGAUGCAUCAGCUGUCUCAAGCAAUAAUGACAGUGGUUGCAAUAUGGAUGAUCUAGGAGACCGGUCUCACCCAGAGAUUGUGAUGGAACAAGAAGAGUUGAGCGACUCUGAUGAAGAAACUGAAGAACACGUAGAGUUCGAGUGUGAGGAGAUGGCUGAUUCUGAUGGGGAGGAGGAUUUGGGCUGUGAACCAAUUGCAGAAGUGCACAAUAAGGAUGUUCCAAGUUUGGCAUCAGAGAAAGUUACAACUGAUGCAGAUUGUGGUGAUAAACAAUGUGAAUGGAGGAGUCCUGUUCAUCCUCAGGGUAAUACUUCUGUCCCUGGGAAAGGCAGUUCUUUCUUCAAGUUGGGUCUGGCAAGCCUUGAGAAAGAUGCUACUGGUAGCUCUUGGUUAACUUUAGAUUCAUGUCCACCUGUUGAUCUUCCAAGCACAAAGGCUAGGUAUGAAGGGCAUACAGUCAGUGAUAGUCCUAUGUCCAAAAACUUAGCUUCACGUCGUCCCAAUAGAUCCUGCAAGAAGACUACAAGCAUGAAAACAGUUGUAAUAGAGAGGGAUGUUAUAGACAUGGCACAACAACUCAGCCUUGGUCCUCUUGCUGUUUCCUCACUGAAGAAACCCAGGAAGCGAUCUUGUCGAACAAAUACAGGUUUGAGCACAGGAAUGGCAACUGAAAAUCCCAGUUAUGAUAAGUGAAAAUUUCAUUGGUUGAUUGUAGCUUGACUAUCUUCUUUGAUAAUCAGCAGGCAAAAUUUUCCCUAAAAAAAGAAAACAGAAUUAGUUGAAUAGUCUGAAUUAGCUAUAGUCGUUUUGCUUGGCUUUCAACUGCCCAAUUAGCAAAUGAGCUUGUGGAGUCAAAGCUUAAAUAUCAAAGCAGCAGAGAAAUUGACUAACUGGACUUUGAAGGAUGCUUUGCUUUCUCACUAACUCUUUUUUCUUGGUGCUUUUCUGAUUCGUAUGCCCACUGGAGGUACUAGGAAGGGUUUUCUUUCUUUGGGUUCACUGUGUUAAUUUAUUGUGAAUAUGUUUUUAGUGCAUUAAGAUUAGGGAAUUUGUAUUGUUUCUUUAAUCGUUAUGUUGUGUACAUAUGAUAUUUUGCUUGUAGAUUCUGUUAACAGUCCCAAUUUGGGAGGAAUGGGUUAUUGUGAAUAA